AUGGAGACGCCAAGCGUUUUAUGUCACGUCGAGCUGGACGAGGCGCUUCUUACAAUCCCCAUCAACCCCAAUAACUUCCCCGCGAAACUCUGGCGACUAGUGAACAGUCCUGAAAAUCGAUCAAUUUGCUGGGAUUCAAGGGGGGAAGGGGUGAUUAUCGAUCAGCACAUGUUUGAAUGCGAACUGCUGUCUCCCAUGAAACCAACGGGUGAACCAGUCGAUCUUUUCAAGACCACCAACUUUACCAGUUUCAUCCGCCAGUUAAACCUCUACGGGUUCCGAAAGGUGGUACUGGGCUCUGGCGGGAGCGCAGGCAAUGAUAUUAACCCCGGAGGAGACCUCGUUGUGGCGGAAGGAAUCCUUCAUCACUUCCAUAACCCCCAUUUUAAGAAGGACCACCCGGAACUGCUGGUUAAUUUGAAGAGGUUGACCAGCGCCAACAAAGCAAAGCUUGAAGCUGGACUGGAAGUGACUUGCAGGCCUCCCAAUCGUUUGCGGAGACUCCUUACUAGUUCGGUUGACCCAAUGGAAAAAGUGAAAAUGGAGAAUCAUUGUCCAGUGAGUGCUGCACAGAUCCAUCGAGCGUUUCACAGGGAGAGUGCAGCUCCCUACCCAUGCAACCCUGGCGGUUUAUACCCCAUGAAGGGUCUUGAUCGGACCCCGAUUCCACAGCGCGGCUGGCCCAGCUCCUUAGGGCUCAUCAUGGGGCAGAUGGAUGGCUCUUCACCUUUCUCAGAUAAGGGGAUCCCUGUUUCUGUUCUACAGAGGUUCCCCACAGACGUUACCUGUGCUUUGCAGUCCAGUCCCACCACUGUGCACAUGCAGCAGGGCUCCCAAGGGAUGGGACCUUCUGGGCAAAAAUUUGGCAAUUAUAUGACUUCCCCAGCACAGUUCCGUCCAGCCUAUUACCCCGCAGCAAUGUGUCAGUGCUGCUCUCCUGGUUCAGUGGACCCUAUGACAGGAUGUGCCCACCAAAAUACUUCUAACCAUUCCCAUUACAACUACUAUCAGAAUCUAACUAUGCAGCCCUCCUAUCCAGUGGAAUUCCUGCACGCUGGCAAUCAAAACUGGCCAUCCAUCUGCAAUGAAGACCACAAGAAGACAGACAUCAACCUGGAAACUGUCUUUCAGAUGGUAAACGAGUUGCAGGCUUCCCCCAAGCCUUGUAUGGUUAAAGUGGAGCCCACUGAAAGCCAGCUAGAGGUAGCACAGCCCGCAAUGGGACAGCAGCUCCCAGGGAACAGCUUCUCAGCUCUGAGCACUACUGCCAAGGCUACAUCUGCCCAGCUGGGCUCCCUCACUCCAGUCGUCUCUGAUGCUUCGUCCUUAGUUGCGGAUGCUGCCCAGAAGUCGACCUGUUCUGAGAACCAGUUUGCUGGUUUCAUUUAUCCAGUUUCCACAACCUCUCUCCUGCGUGCAAUGCCAAUUCUAGAUAAUACAGCAGUCCCCAUUGUGCAGAAUCAAAGCCAGGGUCAAGCUUGUUCAGGUUCUGUGGCUGUCACACAGCUGGAUAUAUCUCAGAAGGUUCUCAAUAACACAGAGAAUGUAGUCCGCUGGUCUGAAACUGCUGCAGCUGUUUUGUCAGGUACUCAGCCCUUCAAAGCCGGUGACAAGGACACCGACUCCUGCACUCCUGCCACACCCAGUGAGUGCAAGAGCAGCAGACAGCAGAGCAAGUCUCCUGAUCUUAACCUCCUGGUUGAUGUGGCCUGUAAGCAAGAGCCCUGUCAGGGGGAGGAGGAAGAGGGCUAUGUGUGA